AUGACUUCAUAUUUCAAGCAAGAAAAUAUAAUUAACCUCGUUGCUAAAUCAACUUGGGCGCCUGAGAAAGAGAAAUCGUGCCUUAAAUCUCCGAAACGAAAGUGUGUUACGACGAAAUUUGUCAACUUUUUAAAAUUUAUGUCCAUCACCACCACCACCAUCACCAACGGUUUAAAAAAAUUUUCUCUUGUUACAAACAAUUGCCCGUUGAUUACCAUGCGGGAUUUGCCGAUUGGAAAAAAAUAUUAUUAUCAUUACCAUUUCCUUUCAUUAUUUGAGGUCAUAGUGCAGUUGUGCGUGUUUAAUUGUUUUAUAAAGGGGGCUUAUCAACCGUCUUACGAACUUAAAUUAAGGUUUUAUGCAUAUUUCAAACAAGCUACCGAAGGGCCUUGCCUUGUAUCGAAACCUGGAUUUUGGGAUAUCGUCGGUAAAAGUAAAUAUGACGCUUGGAAAAAAUUAGGAAACAUGACCAAAACGGAAGCCAUGGAAAAUUACGUCGAAGAAUUAAAAAAAAUAGUCGAAACGAUGUCAUAUAACGACAACGUCGGCAUGUUUUUGGGAAGUUUGGGAAAUUUUUACGAUAACGUUCCAGUCGAAGAUAUUGAAAUGUUAUUAGGACCUGUGAUAGAUAAAGUAAAAGCUCAACCUGGAAAUUCUUUAAAGGAUUCACCUUUCGGAUCGAGAGACACAUCACCGAACAGACUUCCAAGACAUUUAAAUAAUAAAAAUAACGCGUCCAGUUUGGAAACUUCUCCAAUAAGUUCCAUGUCGCCAUCCCCUCAACCUCCCGACACGGAUGAUGAAAAUGAAGAAUUUAUUGAUACCGUCGAGACUACGCCCAACGCUACCAGAAAAAUGUAUAAAACGGAUUCGAUGAGAGGUACGGAAAUAUUUGAAAGUCACAAUAACGUCGUACCUAAAGAGAAAAGUACAAAUUCAAUGAUGAACGGUCACGUGAAAUCCGUUAAUUCAAACGCCGCGACAUUUAACGGUAAAAUUCAUCAGACAAACGGAAUAAAAGAUUUGAACGAAGAAUUUGAAAUGAACGAAAGAGAAUAUUCGAGAAGCAAAAGUCAAAAAGAGAGUCCAAACGUUGUUACGACAAAGAGAAAAAUGAAACAAAAUGGAGGGCCUAAAUCAAAUGGAAAUGUUAACAUUCCAGAUGUUGUAUCUGAACAUUUAAGGGAGACUGUUUUUCAUUUGCAAAAAGAUCUCGAUAGAAUUACAUCGAGAGUUAGAAGUUUAGAAGUUGCCAUUUUAUCAUCACAACCUCAGGUGAGUGACGUCACAUUCAAGGGAUUUCGAGUCGUCGGUUCGGAAAAAUCGUAG